AUGGCGAGCACAUUCUCCGUCAAAUCACUGGCCAUAGGUCUCCUCGCCAGCCAGGUUUCCUUGUGCGAUGGCGCCGUGAUCAAUCCAAGAGACGCCGUGCCUGCCGGCUAUGUCGCCGCGCCGUACUACCCAGCCCCGUACGGCGGCUGGGUCUCGGACUGGUCCGACAGCUACCGAAAAGCAAAAUUAAUUCUAAUGUUCGACUUCACUAACACACAUGUAGGCCGUUGUGUUGGAAACUCCGGCAGCAUCCCCCGGCUCGGCAUCCCUUCACUAUGCCUUGCAGACUCGGCAACCGGCGUUCGUCUAGCUGACAACGUCACCGUAUUCCCGGCCGGUAUUACGACUGGAGCUACCUUCAGCAAGGACUUGAUGUACGCCAGAGCCGUUGCAAUGGGCAAGGAGUUCCGGGGCAAGGGCGCCAACGUGUUUUUGGGACCCAUGGUUGGGCCCAUGGGUAGAAAGCCCAGAGGCGGCCGAAACUGGGAAGGAUUUGGAACCGAUCCUGCGCUUAACGGUCACGCCGCAUACUUGACUGUGAAGGGAGUACAGGAGCAGGGUGUCAUCGCCACAGUCAAGCAUCUUAUCGGCAAUGAGCAGGAGAUUGCACGCAUGUACACGCCCUUGUGGGAAGGUUACAGUGCCAACAUUGACGACCGGACGCUCCAUGAGCUGUAUCUAUACCCAUUUGCUAUGGCCCUUAGAGCAGGCCCUGGAUCAGUCAUGACUGCCUACAACGCGGUCAACGGUUCAGCAUGCAGCCAGAACAGCUACUUGAUCAACGGCAUCUUGAAGGACGAGCUCGGCUUCCAAGGAUUCGUCAUGAGUGACUGGCUUUCGCACAUGUCCGGUGUUGGGUCUGCCCUAGCUGGGCUUGACUUCGAUGCGCCAGGCGACCAGCAGAUACCUUUAACUGGGUACAGUUAUUGGGCAUACGACCUGACGCGCGCUGUUCUGAACGGUUCGGUUCCUGUGGACCGCAUAAACGACAUGGCCACCAGGGUCCUGGCAGCUUGGUAUCAGAUGGGGCAGGACGAGUCGUUUCCGCCGACUAACUUUGAUACCAACAGCAACAGUAGGGUGGCAGACCUGUACCCCGCAGCCUGGCCCUUCUCCCCAAGCGGCGUCGUCAACGAAUUCGUCCAGGUGCAGGCCGAUCACUACCUCGUCGCAAGACAGGUCGCGCAGGAGGCCGUCACGCUGCUCAAGAACAACGGUAGCCUUUUGCCCAUCACUACCUCAACGCCGAUCAAGAUCUUUGGCACCGGCGCACAGACAAACCCCGACGGACCCAAUGCUUGUGCCGACAGGUCCUGUAACAAGGGCACUCUCGGCAUCGGCUGGGGCUCGGGAACCGUUAACUACGAGUAUAUGGACGAUCCGCUUAGUGCCUUUAAGAAUAGGUCCAGCAAUGUCGUCUACUACAACACGGACUCUUUCCCGUCGGUCCCGGCGCCCACGGCCGACGACGUGGCAUUUGUGUUCAUCUCCUCCGACUCUGGUGAGAACUCGUACACUGUAGAGGGCAACGCCGGAGAUCGCAGUUCCACUGGCCUCAACGCCUAUUACAACGGCGACCAGCUGGUAAAGGAUGCGGCCGCCAAGUACCAAAACGUUGUGGUCGUCAUCCACACAGUCGGUCCCGUCCUCGUGGACGAGUGGAUUGAUCUUCCCAGCGUCAAGAGCGUUCUCGUCGCCCAUCUUCCCGGCCAAGAGGCUGGUGAGUCACUCGCCUCCAUCAUCUUCGGUGAAGCCUCUCCCUCUGGCCAUCUUCCGUAUAGCAUGACCAAGCAGGAGUCCGACCUGCCUGACUCCGUCACCAAACUGCUCAGCGUCCAACUUUUCGGCCAACCCCAAGAUACAUACACGGAAAAGCUUUACAUCGAUUACCGCUACCUCAACAAGAAUGGCAUCAAGCCGCGCUUCGCCUUCGGCCACGGACUGAGCUACACCACCUUCUCCUACUCGAACGCGACCAUUAGCUCCGUGACGCCCCUGACCGCCACACCUCCAGCCCGGCCGGUCAAAGAAGGUAUCCUCGAUUACGACGGACCCAUCCCUGCCUGGACCGAGGGCGUGGCGCCGUCCGGCUUCAACAAGAUCUUCAGGUACAUCUACUCGUGGUGCACCGAGUCCGAGGCCAAAGAUGCCGUCGCCGCCUCCACGACGAAGACGUACCCGUAUCCAGAGGGAUACAGCACUACGCAGAAGCCAGGCCCCCCCGCCGGCGGCGGUGAGGGAGGAAACCCUGCGCUCUUCGACGUAGCCUUCACUGUCUCAGUCCAGGUGACCAACAUGGGCGCCCAGUACUCCGGCAAGGCCUCGGCGCAGGCGUAUGUGCAGUUCCCCGACGGCGGACCCGACACUCCCGUGAUCCAGCUGCGGGACUUUGAGAAGACGGCAAACCUGGCGCCCGGGGAGAGCACCACGGUGACGCUAGAGCUGACGAGGCGGGACUUGAGCAUUUGGGAUGUAGUCAGCCAGAAUUGGAUUGUGCCCAACCCGACGGGCAGGUACAAGAUAUGGGUCGGGGAGGCUAGUGACAAGUUGUUCUUGGCCUGUUACACCGACUCUGGGAACUGUGAGGAAGGACUCCCGAGCCCCGUCUAG